AUGUCUGAUUUAGCAGAAGUUCAGAAAAAUCACUUUUUUGUUGGAAAAAUAAAUACCUCUAAUAUUGUUAUUACGAUUUUAGAGUUUUUCUUCAACAAAUUGAAAAUAAGUUUGGAAAAAUAAAUAUAAUUAUUUCUUAUGAAAUUCAAAAGAUUUAUUAAUAACUUAAAGCUGUUUUGUACUUUGAAUAAUUCAAGAAAGUGGGAUUAAGGUCAAAAAAUGAAUGAGUUUAACUCUAAAAUCUCUAUAUAUAUUAAAAUUUUGGCUGAUUAAUUUACUCAAAAACAAAAAUUGAAAAAAUAGAAAAAAAUUAAAAAAAAUUCUUGA